UUUCCGCUCUCUCUCAGAGGUCCUAGGCAAUUCUGCGAUCGGCACUAGCCUCUUUCGCUUGCGACAGCCUUACGAGCAGCCUCCACUACCAGUCGCAUCAUCCGACUCCCCCCCGCCAAAGGCUUGCUGGCUUCGCUUUUGGUCUCUCUACCAUCUCCGCACUAACUCGCUGUCGUCUCCGACAGCCACGAGCGAUCGGCGACACAUACUUGUCAGCGUUUGCGAGGGACACAUUCGCUUGUUGCUCUCCUGCGUCCGGUACCGUCUCCACCUACUCCAGACCCAGACCCUCAUCCCACUCCCGGCGUCGACCGACCUCGCACUAUACUCGCGAUCUCGUAGUCCGCUCGCUUGACCGUCGCUGCCGUCCAAAAACAUACUCUGACCUGCGCAGUCUGUCAAGAACCCUAGACCCUUCCUCACGAGCUCACCACUCGGAAGAACAUCCUCAAGUAAUAUCAUCAUCAUCAUGGAUCCCAACUCUCUGAACUCGCACCCGUCCACCGCCGCUCAGGCCAAGACGUUCGUGGCACCGGGCUCCCUCUCGUUCCCCAACAACGGGGACCUGACUCCACCGUCCUCUGAGAAGAGCGCGCAACAGGAUGCCACCAAUGCGAACGGCGUUGCGACUCCUGCGGCUACCCCCGAUACCCAGAACGGUCAAGUGCCGUCUGGCAUCGUGCCUACUCUUCAGAAUAUCGUGGCUACCGUCAACCUCUCCGCUCGCCUCGACCUCAAGACCAUUGCUCUACAUGCCCGAAACGCUGAGUACAAUCCCAAGCGUUUUGCUGCGGUCAUUAUGCGUAUCCGCGAGCCCAAGACAACGGCCCUGGUCUUCGCGAGCGGGAAGAUGGUUGUGACUGGUGCCAAGUCUGAAGACGAUAGCCGCCUCGCUUCCCGCAAGUAUGCGCGGAUUAUCCAGAAGCUGGGGUUCAACGCAAAGUUCACCGACUUCAAGAUUCAGAACAUUGUCGGCUCCUGCGACAUCAAGUUCCCCAUUCGCUUGGAGGGUCUUGCCUCGCGCCAUCACACUUUCUCGUCCUAUGAGCCUGAGCUGUUCCCUGGUCUCAUCUAUCGUAUGAUGAAGCCCAAGAUUGUCCUGCUCAUCUUCGUCAGCGGCAAGAUCGUCCUCACUGGUGCAAAGGUCCGUGAGGAGAUUUACCAGGCCUUCGAGCUCAUCUAUCCCGUCUUGUCCGACUUCCGCAAGUCGUGAACAUCUUCUUUCCCUGGUGCCGAGCUUUUGACGAACCUGUGCCGAAACACCUUAUUCGGUGUGCACGUCGAUGACUCAAGCUCCUCCUUCUCAUAACCUUUUGUCAUUUUUGCGGCAUUGCAUGGCGUUACGGCGGGCGG